AUAACCUUCUGAAGGUUUGUAAUGAAAUGCUGAGGAAGUAAAUUCCCAAAUGCUUCAACAUAUGAUUAUAGAGUUACAGCCAACCAAAGGUUACUUACAGCUCACUCCAACAGGCGCAGCCAGGGUCACCAGAGGCAGGCGUGAAGCGUGACUGACUGAGUGGGUUGAGAGCAGAGUGGCCGAAGCAGAGGAGUCUCAGAGGGAGAGGUAGAGAAGCCAUGGGCGAGGAGGUGAAGGUGCAGGAGGCGGCGGCGGACAAGAGCCAGGCGGCCGAGGAAAAGAAGGGCGAGGGGGGAGGAGGGGAGGACAAGGGUGAAGAGAAGAAGGAGGAGGCCCCGCUGCCGCCGCCCGAGGAGGUGGUGAUGCGGGUGUUCAUGCACUGCGAGGGGUGUGCGCGCAAGGUCAAGAAGAUCCUCAAGGGAUUUGAUGGUGUGGAAGAUGUUAGUGCAAACUCAAAGGCACACAAGGUAGUCGUGAAGGGGAAGAAGGCUGCUGCUGAUCCGAUGAAGGUGGUGGAGCGGGUGCAGAAGAAGACAGGCCGCAAGGUUGAGCUUCUCUCGCCAAUGCCACCGCCGAAGGAGAAGGAAGAGGAGAAAAAAGAAGAACCUGAGCCACCAAAAUCUGAAGAGAAAAAACAAGAGCCCACGGUGGUUGCCGUGGUGCUCAAGGUGCAUAUGCAUUGUGAGGCCUGUGCGCAAGUGAUCAAGAAGAGAAUCCUCAAGAUGAAAGGAGUGCAAUCGGCGGAGCCAGACCUGAAGGCAUCCCAAGUCACAGUGAAGGGCGUGUUCGAGGAGGCAAAGCUUGCUGAUUAUGUGCAUAAGCGCACUGGCAAGCAUGCAGCGAUUGUCAAGUCAGAGCCGGUUGUAGCUGAGAAUGCUAGUGAUGACUCUGCCAAAAAUGACAAGAAGGCAGCUGAAGGCGGUGAGGAGAAGAACGAUGAUAACAAGGAGGAAAAGGACGGUUCAGAUGCUGGUGGAGACGGGAAAGAAGCGGAUAAACAGAAGGAUGAUAGCAAUGCUGGUGGUGGUGAAGAGAAGGACAUAGAGAAAGACCCUGCAGCCAUGGCUAACCUGUAUAUGCAUUACCCAAGAUUCAACCACCAGAGUGGAUACGGCGCUCCUGGAUACGCCUACCAAUACCCGCCUCAGCUCUUCAGCGAUGAGAAUCCGAAUGCCUGUUCUGUGAUGUGAAAAGGCCAGAGGCAUGCGAUCUAUAGUGCAAAAAUAAGGGGAUUGAAUUAUCCCCUAAUUUUGGAGGUGUAUUGCAGGAACAACCCAUGAGGGUGAGUGAUAUUGGCAGCUUCAGGAAAAAGGGCCGAGCUAUUUUGGCUAGUUGUCUAGAAUUUACUUUUUCAUUGUCUGAACAUUUCUCUGGUACAAUAGUAAACUCUGGGCUUAGUAGUUCACUUUGUGGACGUUAUAUUAUGUAAGCUAAUUACUAGGAUUUGCCUUGUACUUUUCAAUCUUUUGACUUUUCUUGUAUAAAUUGUAUAAUAUUAUUAGCUUUGAUAUAUCUUUUUUGAACAAUGUUAUUUAUCGU